ACAAAAAAGAAAGCAAAAUAUCAAACACUUGAGAACAAAGUAAAACUUCUCAAAAAUAAGAAAUCACAAUUUGAAGAGAAGAAUUGUCAGAGAAGACAUAAUCUUCAAAUUUUAAUUGAUCAACUUUAG